GGGCUGUCCUGUCUAUCAAGUACCUUUAAUCCAGACGAAGAACCUUAAUACAACUGAAGCCAUGAUCUAACAUCACCCAUAGAAUAUCAGUGGAUGGGAGUAUUUUUGAGCAUCUUCCUCAGUUACUACUCGUCACAUCUGAGGUGUCAGUGGGUACUUUCUUUUGCUGGAGCAAGAAAAGAGCCAUGGCUAGGCCACUGUUUCCUCUGAUCCUGUUUGCUGUGUUGCUGAUGGACACUGCAUGGGCCAACAAUUGUGUUUGCAAUGGAAAAUCGAGAUGCCACUGUGCAGGAGUGAAAGGCAGCAGGGGAGACAAAGGUUUUCCAGGACUUCUAGGUCCUCCGGGGUCUGCAGGUCGUCCAGGACCAGAUGGUCAUGCUGGGUCUUCAGGCCCAAAGGGAAACCAUGGGACCAAUGGACUUGUGGGGUCCAAAGGCAAUCCGGGACCCGAAGGAAAAGAAGGAUUUGCUGGGUCUCAUGGUUUACCUGGUAUCCCAGGUUUACAAGGGCCUCCUGGCCCCUCAGGGGCUCCAGGCUGCAAUGGAACAGAUGGAGACGACGGACUUCCUGGUGUACCCGGGGCAAAUGGCUUUGAUGGAAAUCCAGGAAGUCCAGGAUACCCUGGAGAUAAUGGACAAAGAGGGGACCGUGGACCUUUGGGCUCUGUCGGGUCUCCUGGUCGUGAUGGGGCUCCAGGAUCUAAGGGUCAAGAAGGCAUAGGGGGUUCAGGACCUCGAGGAACAAAGGGGAGACGAGGACCAACUGGCCCACCGGGGCCGCCGGGUCGGAUCAAGGUUUUUCUCACAGAGACUCAGGUGUUGAAGGGUGAGAAAGGAGACGGGGGAGAUGUAGGAGAAAAGGGCUGCAAGGGUGCGCCAGGAGACCCUAGUAAUGGUUAUAACACCAAAGGAGAAAAGGGAGACCAAGGACAGCCGGGUCCAGAAGGAAAGACAGGGAAGGACGGUGAACCAGGACAAACAUAUGUGGGAAAGCCUGGACCCAGAGGGGAUCUGGGAAAUCCAGGGACAGCAGGAGGGAUGGGUGGAAAGGGAGAUAGGGGUCCCCCUGGCCAACCUGGACAUGUAUUUGGGCCUGUGACUGAGCCGCUCAAAGGAUACCACGGAGAACCUGGUUUCCAAGGCUCCCCUGGGACACCUGGGCGUCCAGGUGUUGAAGGGUUUCCUGGAACUGAUGGUCCUCCAGGCAAUUCAUCUGGGAUAUCUGUGCCAGGCCCACGUGGUCCGAAUGGCUUUCUGGGCCACAAAGGGGACCCUGGGGAGCCUGGGGAUAUUUAUCCAAGACUUUCAGGUAUAGAUGGGGAUGAUGGUGAUCAGGGGCCUCCCGGGGAUCCGGGCCCACCCGGACCGCCUGAAGACAGAACUAACAGGAUUACCAACGCUCCCCCAGGAAUGAAAGGGGUGCUGGGUAGACCUGGACAUAUGGGACAUGAUGGGACAUAUGGAAUGAAAGGAAUAAAGGGGGAGCCGUGUUAUGCCUGUCUUGUAUCAGAUUUCCCAGGACCACCGGGUCCCCGGGGCCUACCUGGCAUCCCUGGAUAUAACCAAGGACCAGGUGCUAAAGGUGAUCCAGGUUUCCCAGGGCCUGAUGGCUUAGGAGUACAAGGUCCUAUAGGUCUAACGGGAUUUCCAGGCCCUCAAGGACAAAAAGGAGCCUCAUAUUCCUACAACACUCCUGGGAUAAAGGGAGAGAAAGGAGACCUGGGACACCCUGGCAGACCUGGUGCAGGUGCACUCCCUGGGUUUCCUGGACAACCAGGACGAAAAGGCGAGCAAGGUCCCCCAGGGGAUUCGUAUCCCUUCCAUGGUGCAGAGGGAGAACGUGGUUACCCGGGUCCACCAGGUUCUUUAGGUAUACCAGGACCAGUUGGCUAUGCUGGGUCAGUGGGAUACGGGCCUCCUGGACUUCCAGGAGGUCCGGGAGAUGCUGGUGUAACUGGCCUGCCAGGACACGCUGGAUCUCCAGGCCAGAAAGGCGAAUCCACAUAUAUCCACACCAUAGGACCUCCUGGACAGCCUGGAUUUAAAGGUCUGCCUGGUUCACCCGGAAUCCUAGGUAACCACGGAGUGCCAGGUAGCCCAGGACUAACAGGUUUUCAAGGACAGAAAGGAGAGAACAGUGAGAUGUCGUUUCCUGGAAGGCCAGGGAUCCGAGGACAGAAAGGUGACAUGGGGCAGCCAGGUAUCACUGGUGUUCCAACUGUUGGUGAUUUCGGUCGGCCAGGUUCACCAGGCCCUCCUGGUCAUGCAGGACUGAAGGGUGAUGGUGGCCCUGGAUACGCUGGCCUCCUAGGACCACCAGGGCUUCCAGGGGAAGAAGGAGCUCAGGGGCCUGGGGGAGAUCCUGGGAUCCCUGGCUUACCUGGGAACCCAGGGCCAAAUGGCAAUCCUGGUUUUAUAGGAGAAAAAGGAAGUAAAGGUUAUGUCGGGCCCCUAGGACCUCCUGGUUAUCAAGGUUCAUGUAAAGGUGAUUUACCUGGACCAAGGGGACUUCAAGGACCAGGUGGUUAUCCAGGAAAUCCAGGACCUAAUGGUCUGCCGGGGGAGAAAGGGAACCGAGGAGUGCCGGGGUUUGGUCCUACUGGGGCCCCUGGUGAGCCUGGUUUAAUUGGGCCAACCGUGCUAGGUCUAAGUGGGCUUCCUGGACUAAAAGGGAUCAAGGGACAACAUGGCCCCCCUGGUCAACCAGGAAUAAGAGGAGACCCUGGACCAGACGGGUUACCAGGAUAUGGAGCAGAGGGGCUCCCUGGAACUAUCGGACCACCAGGCCAAAUAGGUGCCCCUGGCCGACAUGGGGCAAGAGGUCUCCCAGGUCUACCAGGCAUUAACGGAGACCCAGGUCCUGGAGGUCUUCCAGGCCCUUCAUCACUAAAACUAAAGGAAGCUGUUGGGCCCCCAGGGGACCCUGGCAGUCACGGUCACCCCGGUCUCUCUGGUGUCCAUGGAGAUCCUGGAAGUAUUGGACCAAAAGGGCAGAGAGGGAUUGGUGGAGCACCAGGGCGUCCCGGACAAAAAGGUCUGCCAGGUGAACCAGGUGUUGAUGGACUCGUGCUCUCAGUAGGUAGUCGAGGGCCUUCUGGAUCUCCCGGAGACCCAGGAGUCAUAGGGCCUCCAGGCUCAAAGGGAAUCAAAGGAGAUCUAGGAAUCCCUGCAGGGCCAGGUCCAGAUGGUGUACCAGGUUCACCCGGUAACAAAGGAGUUAAUGGAGAGCCAAAUGACUAUGGAUAUGGAAUACCUGGACCAGUAGGACAAAAGGGUGAAGCAGGAUCAACUGACCCUUAUCAGAUGAAGGGUCAGAAAGGAGAACCUGGUUCUUUUGGACCUUUAGGUUUACCAGGAAACCGUGGAGCCAAAGGAAACCCAGGGCCUGUUGGACAAAAUGGUUCACCAGGCUUUCAAGGGCCUGAGGGGUCAGAUGGACCUCCACGAUGCAAAGGAGGGUUAGGACCCAAUGGGCCAGCAGGUGACCCAGGCCCACCGGGAGUCGGUGGUUAUCUAGGUCCUAAAGGCAAUCAGGGCCGCGACGGCAUACCUGGACCAGCAGGGCAGAAAGGAGACACUAACAUAUUAGGAGGGACACCUGGUAGGCGUGGUGACACAGGUCAACAAGGUCCCCCCGGGAGCCCUGGUCCCCCCGGCUUGUCUCUUCCAGGGGGUCCUGGAACAAUAGGAGAAAGAGGAUUUCGAGGUUCACCUGGAGCCUCUGGCCUGAAAGGAUUACCAGGAAGAGAAGGGGCGUGUGUUUCUGGGUCAAAAGGAGACCGUGGCCAUCCAGGCAAUCCUGGUAGCCCAGGCUAUCGUGGCUUACCUGGUGAUGCAGGUCAAGCAGUGCCAGGGUUUAAAGGAGACAGAGGGGACCCAGGUUUCACAGGAGGCCCGGGCUAUAAUGGCCCCAGAGGAGAUCCAGGCCCUCACGGUCCGACUGGUCCAAAAGGCAGACCUGGAGGCCCUGGUCCAAGAGGGGAUUCUGGUCCUCCUGGAAACUAUGGAAACCCAGGUGGAAAGGGAGACCCUGGAUACAUCCCAGGCCCUCCUGGUCAAUCCGGGGUGAAAGGCUUUCCUGGACGACCUGGCAAGAAAGGUGAACCUGCAGUGGUGGUGGUGAAGUAUGAAUCAGGACUUUCUGGCCUACCUGGUCCCCAUGGCAAUCGAGGAUCCCCAGGGAGCACAGGGCCUUCAGGAACAACAGGCCGACCAGGUCAACAGGGCGUCAAAGGACAGCGCGGCCCCAGCCCAGGCGGCCAGCCCGGAUUUACUGGCCACAAAGGGGACAGAGGAAGCUCAGGACUUCCAGGUCAAGAAGGCAGACCUGGUUUCCCAGGCAACAAGGGUCCUCAAGGGCUGCCAGGCAUAGGGGGUCCAAGUUAUUUUGACAGUUUUCUGAUUGCCAAACACAGCCAGAACACCAGCAUCCCGGACUGCCCUUAUGGCACUACCUUCAUCUACUCUGGUUACUCUUUCCUCUUCAUCAACGGAAAUGAGAGAGCUCAUGGUCAGGACCUUGGCACCACAGGAAGCUGUCUACCUCGUUUCUCCACCAUGCCCUUCCUGUUCUGUGACACCGAAUCAACUUGCCGCUAUGCUUCUCGUAACGACUACUCCUACUGGCUGUCCACUGACGCUGCUUUGCCCGCCAACAUGGUUUCCAUCACAGGGGAUAGACUGGCCUCCUAUAUCAGCAGGUGCUCAGUGUGUGAAAGCACAUCCAAUGUCAUAGCCGUCCACAGCCAGACAAUUCUGAUACCCGAAUGUCCCAGAGACUGGGAGUCACUAUGGACAGGAUACUCAUUUGUCAUGCAAACGGGAGCAGGAGCAGAUGGCUCAUCCCAGCCGCUGGUUUCUCCUGGCUCGUGUCUGGAAAGUUUCCGCCAAGUUCCCUUCAUAGAGUGUCACGGCAGGGGAACGUGUAACUACUACCCUGACUCCUAUAGCUACUGGCUGGCCUCAAUAGACCCAAACAGCAUGUUCAGUAAACCUGUUCCUCAAACAGUGAAGGGACCGUCUCUACAAAGUGUCAUCAGCCGUUGUCGAGUCUGUAGGAAACCAUGGCAACCAACAGAUGACAAACGUGGGGACAAUUAACAUUUGCUAUCUUACUUUUCAAUGUCAUUUGAAGUAUUGGAGUUUUGACACUUUGUUGGCUGUAUAUCUGUUUGUAUCACUGGUGCUUUUAAGUAACACAUCUCUGUUUAUGAUUCUGAAUUAAACACCAAUCUUAAGCAAAUUUCAAAUAAUUUUUAAGAUAGGUAUUUUAUCAUCUCUAAAGUAGUGUAUAUUAGAAUUAUUGCGUGUCAUGAUACCUUGUAGAAACUGUGUUUUUCCACCUGUUUAUAAUUAUUCCUUUGAUAAACAUAAGAGCAGCUUGUAAUAGCAGUGAUUAAGUUAUAACUUGUAGUUAAUGUAUUAGUAAUACUAGUAUAAGAGCAGCACUAAUUCAUCUUUUAUGUGUGUUUAUUCUCACCGAAAUAUUCAGUUUUACUUUGAAUGCUUGUUUUGACUUCUCAGUGACAUAAUGAAUAGUCGCCAUCUGCGUCCUAGACAAGCCUAGAAUGACUGAGAAAUGAUUGACCUGUUUAUUGAUGUCAGUGAAUGACAUAAAACGUAUGAUGUCACAGACAGAUUACGCACAUGUUCCUAUACUGGAGAGGCAGUAUGUUGUAAAUCGCUUUGGAAAUGUUGCGUUGUCUUGUUUUCAAACCCACAUAUUGAGUCAUUUGUGGCCUAACUCUAAAAGCAUUUCUUUGAAUUGUUUAGCAAGUGAAAUGGUGCAUGGAAAAGAUUAAACUUUAUGACUCACA